AUGCCUGGACCAGUGAGAAAUACGGUCGACAGACUUGAUAAGCCAAGUGCAUACUACCAAGCUAGGAAUAAGAAACGUCGGUACCGCGAUGACGACGAUAGGGAAAGAGAACGUACGCCAGAGGAACCAGCUGAUGAUCCAUUAAAAGAUGCCGCCACUUUAUAUGUUGGUAACUUGUCGUUUUACACAACGGAAGAACAGAUUCACGAACUAUUCGCAAAGUGUGGGGAGAUAAAGCGAUUGAUAAUGGGAUUGGACAGAUUCAACAAGACUCCUUGUGGGUUCUGUUUUGUUGAAUAUUACACCCAUCAAGACGCUUUGGAUUGCAUGAAAUAUAUUGGAGGCACGAAGCUGGAUGAACGUAUUAUUCGAACAGAUCUGGAUCCAGGAUUUCAAGAGGGAAGACAGUAUGGACGUGGAAAGUCUGGCGGCCAAGUGCGCGACGAGUACCGAGAGGAAUAUGAUGAGGGUAGAGGUGGUCUGGGUAGAGCUAUUCAAGCUGAGAGAUUGAAGGAAGAAGAGGAAUACGGUAAAGGUAGAUAA